AUGUCUAGCGUUUCAAUGCAGUCCUCGGUACGGAAGCAAGUGGCCCUUGAGUGGGCUGGGUCCCUGUGCGGCCUGGAAAUGGCACCCUUGCAAGUGAAAUUGCCAGCUCUUCUUGAACUGGUGAGGAGUAAGACUGAGGUGAAGAGCUUGAAAAAGCUUAUGAUCCAGUUUGUAGCGGAAAACAUCUGCGACUACAUUCAAGGAGAGGUUAAACUAGAAAUUUUGCGUAAGUGUCAAAUUAUUACAAGGCAAAGGACAGCGCCUCACAAUGCUACCAACAACCCACGCAUCACAGCGCCUCACAAUGAUACCAACAACCCACGCAUCACAGCGCCUCACAAUGAUACCAACAACCCACGCAUCACAGCGCCUCACAAUGAUACCAACAACCCACGCAUCACAGCGCCUCACAAUGAUACCAACAACCCACGCAUCACAGCGCCUCACAAUGCUACCAACAACCCACGCAUCACAGCGCCUCACAAUGAUACCAACAACCCACGCAUCACAGCGCCUCACAAUGAUACCAACAACCCACGCAUCACAGCGCCUCACAAUGAUACCAACAACCCACGCAUCACAGCGCCCCACAAUGAUACCAACAACCCACGCAUCACAGCGCCCCACAAUGAUACCAACAACCCACGCAUCACAGCGCCUCACAAUGAUACCAACAACCCACGCAUCACAGAGCCUCACAAUGAUACCAACAACCCACGCAUCACAGCGCCCCACAAUGAUACCAACAACCCACGCAUCACAGCGCCUCACAAUGAUACCAACAACCCACGCAUCACAGCGCCCCACAAUGAUACCAACAAUCCACGCCACACAGCGCCCCACAAUGAUACCAACAACCCACGCAUCACAGCGCCUCACAAUGAUACCAACAACCCACGCAUCACAGCGCCCCACAAUGAUACCAACAACCCACGCAUCACAGCGCCUCACAAUGAUACCAACAACCCACACAUCACAACGCCCCACAAUGAUACCAACAACCCACGCAUCACAGCGCCUCACAAUGAUACCAACAACCCACGCAUCACAGCGCCUUACAAUGAAACCAACAACCCACGCAUCACAGCGCCUCACAAUGAUACCAACAACCCACGCAUCACAGCGCCUCACAAUGAUACCAACAACCCACGCAUCACAGAGCCUCACAAUGAUACCAACAACCCACGCAUCACAGCGCCCCACAAUGAUACCAACAACCCACGCAUCACAGCGCCCCACAAUGAUACCAACAACCCACGCAUCACAGCGCCUCACAAUGAUACCAACAACCCACGCAUCACAGAGCCUCACAAUGAUACCAACAACCCACGCAUCACAGCGCCCCACAAUGAUACCAACAACCCACGCAUCACAGCGCCUCACAAUGAUUCCAACAACCCACGCAUCACAGCGCCUCACAAUGAUACCAACAACCCACGCAUCACAGCGCCUCACAAUGAUACCAACAACCCACGCAUCACAGCGCCCCACAAUGAUACCAACAACCCACGCAUCACAGCGCCUCACAAUGAUACCAACAACCCACGCAUCACAGCGCCUCACAAUGAUACCAACAAUCCACGCCACACAGCGCCCCACAAUGAUACCAACAACCCACGCAUCACAGCGCCUCACAAUGAUACCAACAACCCACGCAUCACAGCGCCCCACAAUGAUACCAACAAUCCACGCCACACAGCGCCCCACAAUGAUACCAACAACCCACGCAUCACAGCGCCUCACAAUGAUACCAACAACCCACGCAUCACAGCGCCCCACAAUGAUACCAACAACCCACGCAUCACAGCGCCUCACAAUGAUACCAACAACCCACACAUCACAACGCCCCACAAUGAUACCAACAACCCACGCAUCACAGUGCCCCACAAUGAUACCAACAACCCACGCAUCACAGCGCCUCACAAUGAUAGCAACAACCCACGCAUCACAGCGCCUCACAAUGAUACCAACAACCCACGCAUCACAGCGCCUCACAAUGAAACCAACAACCCACGCAUCACAGCGCCUCACAAUGAUACCAACAACCCACGCAUCACAGCGCCUCACAAUGCUACCAACAACCCACGCAUCACAGCGCUUCACAAUGAUACCAACAAACCACGCAUCACAGCGCUUCACAAUGAUACCAACAAACCACGCAUCACAGUUCCCCACAAUGAUACCAACAACCCACGCAUCACAGCGCCCCACAAUGAUACCAACAACCCACGCAUGUAA